AUGGCUGUACUGCAUCCGCCAUUUGCAUUUCGCUUUAGGCGGGAAAGAAAAUGGAUGCAUUUUCCCGCCUUUUAUUUGUACCGGAUUCCUAGAGAAAGUGAAUCAUUAGAAACUGCACUUCUUUAUACCACAGCGCCCUAUGUGCUCUACAAAGAUGGCGUGGAGCGAGCUCCACCAGGAACCCAAUGGGGUGGCACUGUGCUCGACGGAGGGUACCAAAUGCAGCAUCAGAGUCCUGGCGGGCCCUCACCUCAGCCUGAGCCACAGCUGGCUUCUCCAGCACCAUCACCCUAUCCGCCCGCGCCUCCACCUCAAGACCCAUCUGAUGAGGCGGCACAGCAACUGGCUCAACAGCAAGCUCAACAGCAGGCCCAGCAGCAAGCCCAACAGCAAUCUUCCACGGAACAAAUGCAAGUUGAACAACAGCUCAGCCAAGCCCAGCAAUCGCAAACACAAGACCAUCUCGAUCGUACGCCAUGCUUCGUCCCACAAUCGGACUUGCAACAACAAUACACACCAUACUUUAAAGAGGCCAGACCCACUAGCCACAUGCUCGGUACUGGGGGCUUUCCUCUGCACUACUUAAAACAAAACGGAGGAGUUCUAUCGCUGGAAGGACCUCUAGACCAAUAUUCUACACCUGAUUUGCGUCAUCUACCAGAUAUCGUUCAGCCUGAACAACCAAAACCUAGGAAGCAUAACCCGAACUCUGAACUGCGUCUGUUCAAGUGCCUAACCUGUGGCAAAGAUUUCAAACAGAAGUCGACCCUACUCCAACAUGAGCGGAUUCACACGGACUCGAGGCCGUACGGCUGCCCGGAGUGCGGCAAGAGGUUCCGGCAGCAGUCCCACCUCACCCAGCAUCUGCGCAUCCACGCCAACGAGAAACCUUACGCUUGCGUGUAUUGCCCGAGAUCGUUCCGGCAGCGCGCCAUCCUCAAUCAACACCUGCGCAUCCAUUCCGGUGAGAAGCCCUAUACGUGCGGCGAAUGCGGCAAACAUUUCCGCCAGAAGGCCAUCCUCAACCAGCACGUCCGCACACACCAAGGCGAGCGCUAUUCACACAUAUAUGCCCCGGUCCGGUCCCCGCGCGCGCCGCCCGCAAUGACCCGAGCGGUUCGCGUCACUGCCGGCGCCGCAUGCGAUCCCCGCCGCCCUUCACCCGUACGAUUCGGUCUCGCAUCCAUUGGCCUUCCUAUCAAACAAAUUCUCGGUCCCUUCAUCGCCCAAAUUGCGGAGGGCGCUCGCGAGACGCGGAACCGAUCGCCGGACGUUCCCGUAACCGUCCUCAACGUAUCGCCGCAUCUGAUCUUCAAGAAUGGGACCACGCCGACGCUGUGGCCUCAAGAUGUGCCUUUCCCACCCGAUGAAAACAAAGAGGAAAUUCAAUCAGCGUUCGGCGACGCUGACGGACAGAACGGCGAGCAACGUGGCUCUUGCUUUUCGCCCGGUGACACGGCGCAGUAUCCUGCAUAUUUUAAGGAUACGAAGGGACUUAACCACACUGUAUUUGGUUCAGGACUAUCGCUGCAAUACUUAAAGGGCGGUAAGCUCCCUGAUGUUCUCGGUGGACGCGCAAUGCCACUGUACGUACGUUGUCCCAUAUGCCAGAAAGAAUUCAAACAAAAAUCAACGUUGCUCCAGCAUGGAUGCAUACAUAUAGAGUCUCGGCCCUAUCCGUGUCCAGAGUGCGGCAAGAGGUUCCGUCAACAAUCACAUUUAACUCAGCAUUUGCGUAUCCACACUAAUGAAAAGCCAUACGGUUGCGUGUAUUGCCCUCGGUUUUUCCGCCAACGAACCAUUCUGAACCAACAUCUUCGCAUACAUACUGGAGAGAAACCAUACAAGUGUACGCAAUGCGGGAAAGACUUUAGGCAAAAGGCGAUCCUUGAUCAACACACAAGGACGCAUCAAGGUGACCGGCCAUUCUGCUGUCCAAUGCCUAACUGCAGGCGGCGUUUUGCUACUGAGCCAGAAGUAAAGAAACAUAUAGAUAACCAUAUGAACCCGCAUGCGGCUAAAGCACGACGCGCAGAUGCUAAAACUCCGCGUCCGCUCCCGCCGGCUUCAGCUGUUGUGAAGCCCGAGCUGUACUUCCCGCAGUGUUAUGCUCCGCCGUUCCAGCAAUUCUCCAGCGGCGCCGAGUUCAAGCCGGCCGUUGGUCCCGGCGCGACCGUGGCAUGUCUGCCCACACAGUGA